AUGAGGCAAUCGCUGAACAGGGGGGAGGUAAGAGAGGGUAGCCAGUAUGGCAAGGAAGAAGCACAGGGAAGUAGCGCCCUCCUACUUGACGUGAACGCCGGAAAUAGCAUCGUCAAGUGCGACAUGCUAUCGUCUAUGCACGAAGGAGCGAAACAGAGAUUCAGAGAGAUGUUCCACGACGACGACAAUCGGGUGUACGAUGAAGAGUUAGGACUAAACAUAUAUAUAAAAAAUAUCUGGAUCUACAUCAAUCUAAUGUGUACCUUUAGCAUCCACGAUUUGAUUCUCAUCUCGAGGUCCUUCAAGAACACAGAAAUUAUUUACGACGAUGUUGUGUGUAGUGGAAAGGAGGAAGGAUCUAUCUUUAAGGAUGGACAAGGUAAAAGAAAAAAUAGUUUGUUCAUUUAUUUCGAGAAUUAUAAAAUUAGGAAAAACGUCGUGAAAAUAUUUUUGCAGAAUCCCUAUGCUGUAUGUUUCAUACACAAAAACGGGUCUGUGCAUGUUCACGGGGCAUUGACAUUGAAGAAAGGCCUGCUCAUUCUCAUUAAAGUUAUUAAGAGAUUAAAAUAUAAAACGUUUUGGACUUAUCUAAGUGGGUGCAAUAUGGGUGUACCUCACCAGGGGGUGGAACUUCAGGUGGAUGGAGCAACUACUGCAACUGGAGUGAUACCUUGUGAUGAGCAGAUCGUGCACACACGCGAGGGGAGAAGCAAAUUUCCCACGCUUCAGGAGAAUGGGGAGGGGUCCUCUCCUGAGCAGAGCAUUGUUGGUGAAUCUACACCUGAGCAAAGCAUCACCGCGGAGACCACACCUGAGCAAAGUAUCACCGAAGGGGGUAUUUCUCCCGAUGAAAACUCCCCAAAAAAGGACAAAGAAAAGGUCUACGAAACAAUUCGUUUUUGCGAAACGGUCAUUGAAGAACUAAGGGAUAAAAUAAAAAAGUAUGAGCAGGACGUUUGGGAGGAGGACAGGGAAAUGCCAACAAAGAGAUUUUGUCAGGGGGACGAAAAGAAGGAAGUCCCAUUCGGAAGUAGUAAAUAUUACCUAUCGGGGGGGUGCAAAAGAUGGACUUGCAAAAGGCCCCACGCAGAAGUUCCUUCCCAAUUGGGCCACGAACCAAUGCAUGUCCAUUCGGAUGAAAGCAAAAUUUCCAUUCAGAUGGAGGAAAAGAGAGGGAUAUCAAAAGUGGAUUCUCCUAAAAGGUUCUCCUCAGAGGAGUACAAGAGCGGAGGAAAUGACAAAAUUGAGAAUGUCCCCUCCUCCCCUCCUCCCCAUUUAUGUGACCAUGUAAGGGACUCCUCCGAAUUGAUUCCUCCCAAUCGUUCCACAGUGCAUUUCAAACCGAGUAACAUACAAGGGAAUUGCAAAAAUGAAUUUUCGAGCAGAAAGGAAAAUGAUGAGUCGGUUCAGAGGCAACACUACGACGAGGUGGAUCCCUUCUCAAACGAAUUUGAGCAAUUUAACCAAUUGGACCAAUCAGCCCUGCACAACAAGAAGUACAUAUACCAGUUUGACACGUAUCGGCGGUGGAAGUAUAUCACGCGCAAUGACAUCACUUUCGAUAUGGACCAUCUGAACAUCAAGCAACUUGUCUCCGUCUUUAAUGUGAAGUUGAGAUAUUUUGACAUUUCCAAAAUUUACAAGUAUAAAGAAUUUAAGAAUAUCCUUACAGAUAUUAACAACAUUAUUUAUAUUCGAAUUGAUCACUCUCUUCUGUGUAAGCUAAUUCAACAAGACAGUUUGGAUCCCUUUGUGCAAAAUAACUUCGCAAAAGGGUGUCGGCCGAAUAUUCAUCCCUCCGUCAGGACUGUCCUCUUAUUCAGUUCCGGCAACGUCGUCCUUUACGCUUGCAAGAGUCGUCGUGAGGUGCUCUGCGUGUCCAGGUUUAUCGUUAACACGCUCCGCAGAAACAACAACAUAGCAUUGUAA